AUGUCCACAACUGAACUUCCAAGUACUCAAAAGGUAGUUCUUUUUGAAGAGAACAGUGACUCGCUCGAUGUUAUAAAAUUUACAGACUUCGAUACUCCAAAGAUUACUUCCUCUAAUGAUGUUAUUAUUAAAAAUAAGUUUGCUGGGGUAAAUUUCAUUGACUCAUACUUUCGUAAGGGUGUCUAUCCGUCCCAAAAGCCUUUUAUAUUUGGUAGAGAAGCCGUUGGUGUAGUUGCUGCAAUUGGAGACAAGGUGACCAAAUUCUCUGUUGGAGAUAAAGUUGCUUAUUUGUCAGGGUCUACUUUUGCUCAGUAUACCAAUUUGACUGACUCCUACGUUCAGAUAUUAAAGUUGGAUCCUAGCACUUCAGACGAGAGUCUCAAAUUCUAUGCAGCAUCAUUGUUACAGGGUUUAACAGCACUCACGUUCAUCCACGAAGCUUACAACGUUCAGAAAGAUGACUAUGUCUUGGUCUGGGCAGCAGCUGGUGGUGUUGGUAAUAUCUUAACUCAAUUGAUUUCGAAGAGAGGUGCCCAUGUUAUUGCCAUUGCAUCAACUGAAGAGAAAUUGGCAUUGGCUAAAAAUAAUGGUGCUGAAUAUUUAGUAAACCACCUCACGGAUGAUAUUGUCGAGAAAGUGAAGGAUAUUACCAAUGGUAAAGGGGUGAAUGCAUCAUUUGAUAGUGUUGGAAAGGAUUCGGCAGAGAUAUCUCUUGCUUCUUUAGCAAGGAAGGGUACAUUUGUCAGUUAUGGUAACUCGUCUGGAGUUGUUCCACCAUUAUCUAUAAACAGAUUAUCACCAAAGAACUUGACUGUGUUAAGACCUCAAUUAAUGGGAUACAUUACCACAAGUGAAGAAUGGGAACAUUACGUUCGUUUGUUAUUCAAGUUAAUCGAUUCUGGAGAUUUGAAGAUUGAUCUUCUGAAGACAUAUCCAUUAUCUGAAUAUAAACAAGCUACCUCUGAUUUGGAAGGAAGAAAGACCACUGGUAAACUCGUUUUAGAAGUUCCACAGUAA